GUUCAUUCAUUUAAAAAAGUUAGGAACGUUCAUUUAAAUUAAAAUUAAUAUUUAAGACGGCCAACGAAAUGGAUUAUUCCGAACAAGCAAUGGAAUCAACGGUUAUUGAAGACCCCAAUUCACAUUUGUUUCUUAAAAAUGACAAGAACAAAUACUCCCAACUUGUCUGUCAGCAACAAACUGAUUGUUUAAAAUUAUUUCUAACCUGGAACUCAAACCAGCAAGUGCAGUUCGUGCAAGAACUGAUCCAACGUAUGGACCACCAUCAACAUGGCGAGAUCGACACAUUCCUUCAACCUAUACUCCAGCGAGAUUUUAUUUCAGCACUACCAGAUCGAGGACUUGAUCACAUCUCUGAAAAAAUUCUUUCGUACCUUGACUCGAAGUCAUUAUGCUCAGCAGAACUCGUCUGUAAGGAGUGGUAUCGAGUGAUUGCUGAUGGUGGCAUAUGGAGGAAGUUGAUUGAAAAAAUGGUCAGAACUAACACACUCUGGUUUGGUCUGGCCCAAAGAAAAGGAUGGAUGAAUUACUUAUUUCGACCAAAGCCAGGCGAGUCACACAAGGAGCAUCUCUUCUACAGGAGACUCUUCAAUGAAAUCAUCAAAGAUAUCGAUACAAUAGACAAUAACUGGAGGACAGGCAACGUGGCGCUGAGACGAAUCCUCUGUCACAGCGUGGCUAGCAAGGGGGUCUACUGUCUACAAUAUGAUGACAGCAAGAUUGUCUGUGGCCUCAGGGACAAUACUAUUAAAGUUUGGAACAAGUCAACAUUAGAAUGUGUCAGGUCACUGAGAGGUCACACAGGUUCGGUGUUGUGCUUGCAAUUCAGUGAUGACAUGAUCAUAUCUGGCUCCAGUGACGCAACUGUUAGAGUCUGGUCCAUAACGACUGGGGAAAUAAUAAACAUCCUGAUUCAUCAUAGUGAAGCAGUCCUGCAUCUGAGGUACAGUGAAGAAGGCAUCAUGGUAACAUGCUCCAAGGAUCGAUCGAUAGCCGUGUGGGAUAUAAUCUCGCCCAAGGAGAUUAACCUACGCAGGGUUCUACUAGGUCACCGGGCUGCCGUCAAUGUCGUCGACUUUGAUCUCAAUUACAUCGUCUCUGCUUCUGGGGAUAGGACUAUUAAGGUAUGGAACACGACGACGUGCGAGUUUGUACGAACGCUGAACGGCCACAAGCGUGGGAUAGCCUGCCUGCAGUACCGGGAGAAGUUGAUCGUCAGCGGAAGUUCCGACAACACGAUCAGGCUGUGGGAUGUGGAGUGUGGGGCAUGUUUGCGGAUUCUCGAGGGCCACGAGGAGCUAGUUAGGUGCAUCAGGUUCGAUAACAAGAGGAUCGUCAGUGGGGCUUACGAUGGGAGGAUAAAAGUUUGGGAUUUACAGGCGGCACUCGACCCUCGGUCCCCAUCCGGCACUCUCUGUCUUAGGACAUUUGUUGAACACACCGGCCGAGUAUUCCGACUCCAGUUUGACGAAUUCCAAAUUGUGAGUAGCUCACACGACGACACGAUUAUUAUCUGGGAUUUCAUGAACGAAGUAUCCAUUAGCGGCUCUCCUACGACCUCGGGAGGUCACGGUAAUCUGGGUCAAGGCCAUGGCAAUCUAGGUCAGGGCGCCAAUAAUGGUUCUUCGUCCAAUGCUCCUGAUUCUGCUCUUGUUGUGGCUUCCGCUAUUUCCAAUGUCAAUCAGCCAACUGGCGGUAUAAAUUCCAACAGGUAGAAAUUCUCCCAACAUGAGAUCAGACAACUUCUGAUGAGCAUUCAACUCCAACUUAACCACGUGUCAUCUAAUUAUUUUUUGUUUGUUUUUUAAUUCUUCUCUUUCUUUGUUAAAUUUUUUCAUAAAAUAAAACAUUUGAUAACGACUGGGUUGUUUUAUUGGUUGGUCGAUUGAAUCACCGUCAGAUCUGUUUGCUGGGGUUGAUCGAUUGAAGAAACUAUAUAAUAAAUAAAUAAUUAAGUCGAUUGAUGAAGGAGUGAACGAAUAAAUGGAUGAAUGAAUGAACGAAUAAUUGAAUGAGUGAGAUUAUUUGAUCGUUAAAUUUUUCAUAAAUGGUCCGGCACUCGUUUGAUUUUCAACGCAUUAAAUAAAUUUAUUAGAAAUUUCUGGUUUCUCCAAAUGUUCAUUUCAAUUCAAUAAGAAUGAAUGUUCCUAUUAGUCAUUUUAUCAUUUUUAAUUUUAUAAAUAUUAUUAUUAUUAUGGUUAUUCUAUUAUUAUUAUUAUUAUGAAAAAUUUUGAUUGACUUAAAAUUUAACAGUUGCAAGGUGG